AUAUAACGAAAAAAGUUGAUUUUUUUUGAGCUUGGUUUCUAUUAGAAAAAAUUGAGAAAUAAGAAAAACGGAAAAACAAAUGCCAACCCUGGUUUUUGGUUAUUUUCAACAGUGGUUUUCGACGGUUAUUUUCCGGCUAAACCUCGUUGUCUCCCUCUUUCCCGCCGGCCUGGGCUCGAGUUGACGCCACGCUUCACAGACAGUUCAUCAUCACAGAUCGGACUUUAACUGAAAGAAAAUUAAAUACGAAACUUCGUAGAAAUAAACCGGAAGACACGACAAUCCUCUAGACAAUGUCAAACGGUUCGAAAAGCCCCGAAAGCUCUUUCUGGAAAGAUUUUCUCGCCGGGGGCAUCUCGGCCGCGAUCGCAAAGACUGCGGUCGCACCCAUAGAAAGGGUGAAACUCAUACUUCAAGUCCAACACGUAUCGACUCAAAUAAGCAAAGAUAAACAGUACAAAGGUAUUGUAGAUGCAUUCGUUAGGAUCCCAAAAGAGCAGGGUUUCGCCAGCUUUUGGAGAGGAAACCUUGCCAAUGUCAUCAGAUAUUUUCCGACUCAAGCGCUUAAUUUUGCAUUUAAGGACAUUUACAAGGAACUUUUCCUUUCUGGAAUCGAUAAGAAAAAACAAAAAGUGAAGUUUUUCCUCGGUAAUUUAGCAUCGGGUGGAGCCGCUGGGGCGUCUUCACUCUGUGUUGUCUAUCCUUUGGAUUAUGCGAGAACUAGGUUGGCUGCUGAUGUUGGUAAAUCAGGUCAACAGCGACAGUACAACGGAUUAGUAGACUGUAUUUUAAAGACGAUAAAAUCCGAUGGUGUUAUCGGAUUGUACAGAGGGUUUAUUGUAUCCGUCCAGGGGAUCAUAAUUUACAGAGCGUCUUAUUUUGGAAUGUACGAUACGAUUAAAUCAACUCUACCGAAUCCAAAAGACACUCCACUUCUCAUUUCAUUCGCCAUUGCUGAGUGUGUGACAACAUUUGCCGGCAUCGUCUCGUAUCCGUUUGAUACGGUGAGGAGGAGGAUGAUGAUGCAGUCCGGCCUGCCCAAAGAAAAAAGGCAGUACAAAAAUACCGCACAUUGCUGGGCCAAGAUAUUACAAGAGGAAGGGAUAAAGGCAUUUUUCAAAGGUGCUUUUUCAAAUAUUCUCAGAGGAACCGGAGGCGCACUCGUACUCGUCCUUUAUGAUGAAAUCAAGGCCUUAAUUUAAACAUCUCUGCUUUAAAUUGAAUCAAGGCCUUUUUUUUCUUUUUGUGUGAACUAAGUAUUUUUAACUGUUUUUGAAUUACAUUUGUUUUGUAAACCACA